GUCAAAUAAAAUCGAUUUGCAAGACACACACAGAUCAGCACGACUUCACUCCCUACCGUACCCGAAGAAAAACAGCGGUAGCACUCAGCUAGCAGCAGAGGAAGCCGAAGAAGUUUCUCUCUGCAAAUUAUUUUAGGGUUUCGGUUUCGGAAAAAAAUUAGAGAGACCACAGUGAAAAGGAAGAAGAGACUAUUGCAAAAGACCUAAUAGCCAUGGAGAGUGCCUUCGCGAGUGCGUCUGCAAUUACUGACCAGAGGCAAAAGAUCGAACAGUAUAAGCACAUUCUCGCUUCUGUUAUAUCAUCAGACGACAUCGUCCAGGCCAAGAAGUUUAUCGAUCACAUGUUAUCGGAUGAUGUACCAUUGGUAGUUUCGAGGCAAUUAUUACAGAGUUUUGCCCAAGAAUUAGGGAGAUUAGAAGCGGACACUCAAAAGGAGAUUGCUCAUUAUACUCUUUCUCAGAUUCAACCUCGUGUUGUUUCGUUCGAAGAACAGGUUUUGAUCAUCAGAGAGAAGCUUGCGGAGCUAUAUGAGUCGGAAGAAGAAUGGUCUAAAGCAGCUCAGAUGCUCAGUGGCAUUGAUUUAGAUUCUGGAAUGAGGGUUAUUGAUGAUACAUUUAGGUUAUCAAAGUGUGUUCAAAUUGCUCGCUUAUAUCUUGAGGAUGAUGAUGCAGUUAAUGCAGAAGCUUUCAUUAAUAAAGCUUCCUUUUUGGUUAGCAAUAGUCAGCAUGAAGUUUUGAACUUGCAGUACAAGGUUUGUUAUGCAAGAAUUUUGGAUUUGAAGAGGAAGUUUUUGGAGGCUGCACUGCGUUAUUAUGAUAUAUCUCAAAUCGAGAAGAGACAGAUAGGAGAUGAAACCAUUGAUGAAGAAGCACUGGAACAGGCACUCUCUGCUGCUGUGACUUGUACAAUCUUGGCUGCUGCAGGUCCGCAACGUUCUCGUGUCCUUGCUACAUUGUACAAGGAUGAACGGUGCUCAAAACUAAAAAUUUAUCCAAUAUUGCAGAAGGUCUAUCUGGAGAGAAUUUUGAGAAAACCAGAAAUUGAUGCAUUUGCUGAAGAGCUAAAAGCACAUCAGAAAGCUCGUCUGCCGGAUAAUUUUACUGUUUUGGACCGUGCUAUGAUUGAGCACAAUCUUCUAAGUGCAAGUAAACUUUACACAAACAUCAGUUUUGAUGAGUUGGGCACCUUGCUUGGAAUUCCUCCGCAUAAGGCAGAAAAGAUAGCGUCAAGAAUGAUUUAUGAAGACAGAAUGAGAGGAUCAAUUGAUCAGGUGGAAGCUGUCAUUCAUUUUGAGGACGAUACUGAAGAGCUGCAACACUGGGAUCAACAGAUUGUAGGUUUGUGUCAGGCAUUGAAUGAUGUAUUGGAUAGCAUGGCAAAGAAGGGUUUGUCAAUCCCCGUCUGAUCUGUUUUUUUGGAAGACGGAAAGCUACUACUUUCAAAUAUUUAUGCACAAAGCUUAAUAGCCAAGUUGUCCGUGGUGAAUAGCAUUAUUUUUGUGAAGUGAACUUUUGUAGCUUUUACCUUUUUUUCUUCUGAAUAGUAAACGGAAUCAUUUACUCUCUUUUGCAACUCCAUUUUUAGUCAUUAAACAUUUAUUUAUUUAUUUACCAGCUUGCUUUCCUGGGUA